GAAAGUGCUAGAUAGUACAUGAAACCAGAAGAGGUUGGAAAAUUCUACUUUGUUUCUAGAUAUUGAGGACCAGAAAGGCCAACUGGUGAAACCUGGUGAAACAUAAACAGAUACAAUAAUGUUCUGCAGUAAAAAGAAAUCACUUGAAGUGGAACGGAUCGUGAAAGCGAAUGACCGUGAAUAUAAUGAAAAGUUCCAGUAUGCAGAUAAUCGUAUCCACACAUCCAAAUACAACAUUCUUACCUUCUUGCCAAUUAAUUUAUUUGAACAGUUCCAAAGAGUGGCAAAUGCCUAUUUCCUUUUCCUUCUGAUUUUACAGCUGAUUCCAGAAAUCUCCUCCUUGACUUGGUUUACCACCAUUGUGCCUUUAGUCCUGGUGAUAACUAUGACAGCUGUCAAAGAUGCCACAGAUGACUACUUUCGCCAUAAGAGUGAUAACCAAGUGAAUAAUCGGCUAUCUGAGGUGCUCAUCGACAGCAAACUACAGAAUGAAAAAUGGAUGAAUGUCAAAGUGGGAGACGUCAUUAAAUUAGAAAAUAACCAAUUUGUUGCUGCUGAUCUGCUUCUCCUAUCAAGUAGUGAGCCACAUGGCCUCUGUUAUAUUGAAACUGCUGAGCUCGAUGGGGAAACAAACCUUAAAGUCCGCCACGCACUAUCAGUUACCUCAGAGCUUGGAGCAGACUUUAGCAGACUUGCAAAAUUUGAUGGGAUUGUUGUCUGUGAGGCACCCAACAACAAAUUAGAUAAAUUCGUGGGAGUUCUCUCCUGGAAGGACAGCAAGCACACACUCAACAAUGAGAAUGUAAUCCUGAGGGGCUGCAUCCUGAGAAAUACCAGCUGGUGUUUUGGAAUGGUUAUUUUUGCAGGUCCUGACACAAAAUUAAUGCAGAACAGCGGUAAGACAAAGUUUAAGAGGACAAGCAUUGAUAAACUGUUGAAUACUCUAGUACUAUGGAUUUUUGGGUUUCUGGUAUGCUUGGGAAUUAUUCUUGCAAUAGGAAAUUCAAUCUGGGAGAAUCAAGUUGGAGACCAAUUCAGAACUUUCCUCUUUUGGAAUGAAGGAGAGAAGAACUCUGUCUUCUCAGGAUUCUUAACAUUCUGGUCAUAUAUUAUAAUCCUCAAUACAGUUGUACCCAUUUCAUUAUAUGUGAGUAUGGAAGUAAUUCGUCUGGGACACAGUUAUUUUAUAAACUGGGACCGGAAGAUGUAUUACUCUGGAAAAUCCACACCUGCUGAAGCUCGGACGACCACUCUCAAUGAGGAACUGGGCCAGAUUGAAUACGUUUUCUCUGACAAAACAGGAACCCUCACUCAAAACAUCAUGACUUUUAAAAAAUGUUCUAUUAAUGGGAAAAUCUAUGGUGAAGUUCCUGAAGACAUGGGUCAGAAAACAAAUAUACCUAAGAAAAAUGAGCCUAUGGACUUCUCAGUCAAUCUCCAAGCAGAUAGAACAUUUCAGUUCUUUGACCACCGUCUGAUGGAAUCUGUUAAACUGGGGGAUUCCAAAGUGUAUGAAUUUCUUAGGUUACUUGCCCUUUGCCACACCGUAAUGUCAGAGGAAAAUAGUGCAGGGCAGCUGAUUUACCAAGUUCAGUCACCUGAUGAGGGGGCUUUAGUGACUGCUGCAAGGAAUUUUGGGUUCAUUUUUAAGUCUCGAACCCCAGACACGAUAACAGUAGAAGAAUUGGGAACACUGGUUACUUACCAACUGCUUGCCUUCUUGGACUUCAACAAUAUCAGAAAAAGGAUGUCUGUCAUAGUUCGAAACCCAGAAGGCCAGAUAAAGCUUUAUUCCAAAGGAGCAGACACUAUUCUGUUUGAAAAACUUCAUCCAUCCAAUGAAGACCUUCUGACAUUGACGACAGACCAUCUCAGUGAAUUUGCAGGGGAAGGCCUUCGAACCUUGGCCAUUGCAUACAGAGAUCUGGAUGACAAGUACUUUAAAGAGUGGCACAAGAUGCUUGAAGAUGCAAACACUCUCAAGGAUGAGAGGGAUGAACGAAUAGCUGGGCUAUAUGAAGAAAUUGAAAGGGAUUUAAUGCUACUAGGUGCCACUGCUGUAGAAGAUAAGUUGCAAGAGGGUGUUACUGAAACGAUUGCAAGUUUAUCACUAGCUAAUAUUAAGAUCUGGGUCCUAACAGGAGACAAACAAGAAACUGCCAUCAACAUUGGCUAUGCCUGCAAUAUGCUGACUGAUGACAUGAACGAUGUGUUCAUUGUGGCAGGGAACACAGCAGUGGAAGUCAGAGAAGAACUCAGAAAAGCAAAGGAAAAUUUGUUUGGACAAAACAGAAGUUCUUCCAACGGCCAUGUAGUUUUUGAAAAACAGCAGCUGGAGCUGGACUCAAUUGUAGAAGAAACCAUAACAGGAGAUUAUGCCUUAAUCAUAAAUGGCCACAGUUUGGCCCAUGCCCUAGAAAGUGAUGUCAAAAACGAUCUCCUAGAACUUGCCUGCAUGUGUAAGACUGUGGUUUGCUGCCGAGUCACUCCACUCCAGAAAGCCCAAGUAGUAGAGCUGGUGAGGAACUACAGGAAUGCUGUCACUUUGGCCAUAGGCGAUGGAGCCAAUGAUGUCAGCAUGAUCAAAAGUGCUCACAUUGGUGUUGGCAUCAGCGGCCAGGAAGGACUGCAGGCCGUCUUAGCCAGUGACUAUUCAUUUGCACAAUUUAGAUACCUCCAAAGGCUUCUCCUUGUUCAUGGAAGGUGGUCCUAUUUCCGAAUGUGCAAAUUCUUAGGUUAUUUCUUCUAUAAGAAUUUUGCAUUCACACUUGUGCAUUUCUGGUUUGGUUUCUUCUGUGGUUUCUCAGCCCAGACUGUUUAUGACCAGUGGUUUAUUACCCUUUUUAACAUUGUCUACACAUCAUUGCCUGUUUUAGCCAUGGGCAUUUUUGACCAGGAUGUGAGUGACCAGAACAGCAUGGACUAUCCCCAGCUCUACGAACCUGGACAGCUGAACCUACUGUUUAACAAGCGUCAAUUUUUCAUCUGCAUGGCACAUGGCAUCUACACCUCGCUGGCCCUUUUCUUCAUCCCCUAUGGAGCCUUUUACAAUGUGGCUGGAGAGGAUGGGCAGCACAUAGCCGACUACCAGUCUUUUGCAGUUACCAUGGCUACAUCUUUGGUCAUUGUGGUCAGUGUGCAGAUAGCCUUGGAUACCAGUUACUGGACUGUCAUUAAUCACGUCUUCAUCUGGGGCAGCAUUGCCACUUAUUUCUCCAUUUUAUUUACGAUGCACAGUAAUGGCAUCUUUGGCAUCUUCCCAAACCAGUUUCCAUUUGUUGGAAAUGUACGACAUUCUUUGACCCAGAAGUGCAUCUGGCUUGUUAUUCUCUUAACAACAGUGGCUUCAGUUGUGCCUGUGGUGAUAGUCAGAUUUUUGAAGAUGAAUUUAUGCCCAACCCUGAGUGACCAGAUCCGUCAGAGGCAAAAGGCUCAAAAGAAGGCAAGGCCCUUACGUAGCCGAAGGCCUCAGACUCGCAGGUCAAGCUCAAGAAGAUCUGGAUAUGCUUUUGCUCACCAAGAGGGCUACGGAGAGCUUAUCACAUCUGGAAAAAAUAUGCGAGCUAAAAAUCCACCCCUGACAUCAGGGUUGGAAAAGACACUCUAUAAUAGCACUAGCUGGAUUGAAAAUUUCUGUAAGAAAACCACAGACACAGUGAGCUGCUUUAGCCAGGAUAAAACAGUGAAACUGUGAGUCAAGAUGGAUUUGAACCACAUAGUGACUUUUCACUUCAGCUGAAGCUGAAAUUCAGCUGGCUCCAGAGUUUGGGGUUGGGGGCUUGGGUGGGACAGAUUGCCUCACUUUAUUUAACUCUGUGGCAGACAGCUGUCAGUACCCAUGAAAUAGGGGUACACUUUAUGGGAAACCAGGCCAGAUGGUCACUAAGUCAUGAUUUGCUGUGUAAAGACCUCACAACACAGAAAUUUUCAUCAGCCUAGGUACCAACUGAUCUAAACUUUAGGAUUUUAUUUAUGGAGAAAAACUUGUAAAUCUGCACUUAUAUUGAAUGGCUCUUCAAGUGGAUAAAAAGGGUAUAUACAUUUAUUAGAAGGUAUUUAGAAGGUAUACAUCCCAGCUGUGAACAGCAUGCCUCUUGAUGGAUUAAACAAAUGUAAGAUCAGCCUUUCCCAAGAUACAUUUUUAAGAUGUACAACAUAUAGUAUGGUGCUUUCAGACUAAGAGCAGCUUGUGACUCUCUAGUCUUGGUAUCUACGUACCUGUGUGUUUACCCAGGACAACACUUCACCUUCAUGGUCUGAAGAAUAGAAAAACAUGUUGGUGUUGCUCAUUUUUUUCAGUGGUCUAUAGACAAAGUAGAUUGGAGCAUCUUAACAGUGGGAUAAGCUGGGAAUUUAGUGAAAUGUAUUCACAAAGCUCUCAGGGACAUGUUCAGAAAUGUCCAAGAGAGGCUCUCUAUUAAGUAUUCCAAACACUUUUCAAUGGUUUUUAUGACAACCUCAGUAGUAACUUACUCUGCAUCAUGCAGAACUGUUAAUGAAACCAGCAUAGCAUUGGAAUUUCACAUUUUAAUGAUAAUAUUCCAAAUAUUUUAUGGGUAAAUAUUUUCAAUAUUUCCAAUUUUAAAAAGCUUAGAUUUGAAACCUAACAAAUUAAUAAACAACAUUUUCAAUUACUAUUUAAAUACUCAGACUUAGGUCUUUCCUAGUUAGUUGCUUUUGAUACUUAGCUGUCAUGUUUAUAAUUCAAACAUAAACACAUGUAGAUAAGGUUAGUUUCUGGAGAUGCUCCACUGCAGAUUUUCAGUUCACAUGUGAAUCACCAGUUUAGCUCCUGUAAAAGAAUUCAGGCAGAUUUGUGUUCAGACUCUAGCUCUAUUACUUCUUACGUCUAUAACCUUGGGCAGGUAAUGUGCCUCCUUGGAGACUCCUUUCUUCCUCUGUAAAUGAGGAUAUACUACCUACCUCAUGUGGUUGUUUUGAGGAUUAUCAAAACAUAAAUUCUUAAAUCAUUGAAAAUGUAAUUCUCAAAGCACAAAUUCUUAAAUCAUUGAAAAUGUAAUUCUCCUAUGAAUGGAGUUCCACUUAACUCAUCAUCAGAAUAACAGCAAUUUGAAGAGAAUGUGAAGAAUGGGAAUUUAAUCAGUAGGAAAGACCUUGAUAAAAUGAGAUUGCAAAGUAAGAUAUUAAAACUGGUUAGCAUCCUGCAGAGAAAUAAAACUAUCACCCUGGAGGUAAAUUUCCCUAUCUGAAAAUACAAAUAAAAUGUCAUCAUGCUUUAUCAAUUUUCGGUAAGUCAACCUCUAACUUCACAAGGUCCCUAAUCUGGUCUCUAUUGAAUUAUUACUCAAGUUCUCUUUCCCAAGAGAGUCAGAUGGCCCUUGGGUGAGUUUGAUGGAUAACAGGCUAGCAUGAUGACACAAUCUGUUUUUUCUUUUUGUUGUUCUUGUUUUGUUUUGUUAGGGUUUUUUGGGUCAUACUUUCUUAGUCCAGGAUAAUUUUUUCCUGAAUGGGAUCAAAUAAGAUAUACGUAAAAGACCCUAAUACAGUGUUCUAAUCAUAGUAAAUACUCAGAGGUUCCCUUUCCCCACAUGCCUGAUGGACUUACCCAGAUACUAGUUUUCUUGACUAGUGUCAAGCUUGUCAUUAGUUUCACUCUUUGCUUGCUUUUUGUAACAUUUUUGAAAGAUUUGAACAAAUUCAUAAAUGUUUUGCACUAUU